UCCAAAAUCAUACAACAAAGAGAAAAGGAAAGCAAAAUGAAGAAGCAAAUACUAACUUUCUUGUUCCUCUCUUUGUUUGUUGCCUCAUCAUAUGCUCAACUUAGAAAAAAUUUCUAUCAAAACACUUGCCCAAAUGUAGAAUCAAUAGUCAAAUCAGCUGUCACCAAAAAAUUUCGGCAAACUUUUGUCACCGCCCCAGCCACUCUACGCCUCUUCUUUCAUGACUGUUUUGUUCGGGGAUGUGAUGCUUCGGUUCUUCUAGCGAAUGCAAAUGCCGAGAAGGACCAUCCUGACAACUUGUCACUCGCUGGAGACGGAUUUGAUACAGUCAUCAAAGCGAAAGCCGCCCUUGACAGCAAUCCCAAUUGCCGGAAUAAAGUUUCUUGUGCAGAUAUAUUGGCUCUUGCCACUAGAGAUGUCAUUGGUUUGGCAGGUGGGCCAUCAUACAGUGUAGAGUUGGGAAGAAGAGAUGGGAGGGUUUCUACAAAGAAUAGUGUGCAACAAGGUCUUCCACAACCACAUUUUAAGUUGGACCAACUUAAUAGCAUGUUUGCAAAGCAUGGUUUAUCUCAAACCGAUAUGGUUGCACUUUCAGGUGCACAUACACUUGGAUUUUCUCAUUGUAGCAAAUUCUCGAAACGAAUUUAUAAUAAGAAGGGAAUAGACCGGACGCUAAACCGCCAAUAUGCUCUUCAACUAAGGCAAAUGUGUCCGCUUAAAGUAGACCCAAGGAUAGCAAUUAACAUGGACCCUACCACCCCUCGAACUUUCGACAAUGCGUAUUUUAGGAACCUUCAACAAGGAAAGGGUUUGUUUACCUCUGACCAAAAUUUGUUCACGGAUACUCGAUCAAGGCCAACAGUCAAUCAAUUUGCGUCUAGCAACAAUGCCUUUAACCAAGCUUUCGUGACCGCCAUUACCAAGCUUGGUCGAGUAGGGGUUUUGACGGGUAACAAGGGUGAGAUCAGACGUGAUUGCACACGACGUAACUAAAAAACAACUAUGUGGUUUCCAUUCGUUAUUGAAUUAUAUUCCUAAGUGUAGAUUUAAUGUUUAAAAUAAGUAGCUACCAAUGUUCACAUUGUAGCUUUUGAAGGAGUCAUGUUGGUUUGGUUUUCAUAUUGUAACAUUUGGUCUUGAGGUUGUAAAUGUUGACAUCAAAUGCUAAUAUUUCCUUGUUCCAGAAAAGUUUAUUUGAACAAACCCAUUUUCAUCA